CAGUGUAUAUAUAAGAUGGAGAGCAGCUCACUCAUCCAGCACUCGACUCCUGUCUCCUGGAUCUCGAACUCUCACUCUGGUCCGUCUCUGUGUGAAAUCAGACUUUCUGCUAGAAUGAGGAACCUGACGGCUCUGCUGUUUCUGCUGUCGCUCUGCUCUCUUCAGCUGGUGUCUAGCGUUCCCACCAGUUUCAACCACAUCACUCAGUGCUGUACAGGUACAAGUACAGUGAAGAUCCCUUUGAAGAUCAUUGUGACCUACUGGUGGACCAGCAAGAACUGCCCCAUAAAGGCCAUUGUCUUUGAGACUCUAAAUAACGGAACGCAUUACCGCUGUGUGGAUCCAACAGCUGUUUGGGUCAACCAUCACAUGAAAGCAGUGGAUCGUAAAAACAAAAAACUACUUUCUGCUAGAAUGAGGAACCUGACGGCUCUGCUGUUUCUGCUGUUGCUCUGCUCUCUUCAGGUCUCUCCCGGCAGUACGGACUUCAGGAUUACCUGCUGUAAAAAAACAACUAUAGUAAAGAUCCCUUUGAAGAGCAUUGUGACCUACUGGUGGACCAGCAACGACUGCCCCAAAAAGGCCAUUGUCUUUGAGACUCUAAAUAACGGAACGCAUUACCGCUGUGUGGAUCCUACAGCUGUUUGGGUCAACCAUCACAUGAAAGCAGUGGAUCUUAGAAACAGCACCACUGUAACAGCAAAACCCUGAAUCUCAGCGUUAGAUGGGUUUUCAACACCGAAGACCAACCUAAUAUAUAGAACAAAUUUUGAUAUUACUCAUACAAUAGACAUUACAGCGUAUUCUCACCUCUGAGUCUCAGUGUGACAGCACCGCCUGGUGUUUUUAAGAGUUCAGUAUUACUGUCUGUUCCGUUUUCAUGUUUGUUCCAAAUUAAUGAAUCUGUAAAAUGAAAUGAAUGGUGUUAUGCACAUAUAACAUUUAACUUUUUUUAAAUAAAUAGUAAAAUUGUGCAGAAUUUUUUGUGGUU